AUGUCUCUCCCGGGCUUGGAGCUGACGCAGCCCUCCGAGGAGAGGCACUUGGCUGUCGCUCCGCCGUCGCAAAUCACCUUGAAGGCUGGCUCUGAAUGGCGCUUUGAAGUUGCUUUCGGUCAUAUCGUGAGGGUCAAGCUUCUCACCGGCACCGCCGAGCUGUUCGGCACUGAGCUCGCCGAAUCGCAAACGUAUACUUUCUCCGGCACCAAGGCGGCAAUCUACACAUGGUAUGGAUGUGAAUUGGAGGUCAGCGCUGGUGAAACUGGUGCCGUUACCUCCGAUGGUGUGACCCCCGUGGCUGGUCAUGGCGCAGGUGGCUGUCAGAGCGAGUACACCGCGGAAGAGACGCCCAUGAUCGAAUAUGCCAAUCUUCACUUUGCGCUAGAGACAAUGCGUCAGGAGGCGCAAGGUUCCGGGAAGGAUGGACCUCGCGUCUUAUUGCUGGGGUCUGACGAUGCGGGCAAGACGAGCCUGGCAAAGAUCUUGACGGCCUAUGCGACGAAGAGUGGCCGGCAGCCAUUGGUCGUGAACCUGGACCCGACCGAGGCCAUGCUCAGUGUACCAGGCACUCUCACUGCCACCGCCUUUCGAACGAUGCUGGACGUCGAGGAUGGCUGGGGCAGCAGUCCCAUGUCCGGCCCGAGUCCAGUCCCCGUGAAGCUUCCGUUAGUCUACAGCUACCCACUUGCCAACCCUCUGGAUGCCGAGGCCUCAGUCUAUCGACCAAUCGUAUCACGUCUAGCCCUUUCAGUAACAGGCCGCUUGGCCGAGGACGAAGAAGCCCGCGAAACGGGCAUCAUCGUUGAUACCCCGGGCAUUCUCAGCUCCGGCAAACCGGGUAGUUUAGAGCUGAUCAACCACAUUGUGACUGAAUUCGCCAUUACAACUAUUGUCGUCCUCGGAUCUGAGCGGCUCUACAGCACGAUGGUCAAACAAUACGACAACAAGCCCAGCGCCAGCGCCUCAGCCACCAUCUUCGACGAGCGCAUCUCCGUCCUGAAACUAUCCAAAUCAGGAGGCUGCGUUGACCGCGACGAAGCCUUCCGCAAGGCUACACGCGAAUCACAAAUCCGUUCUUAUUUCUUCGGCAAUCCCAUGCCUGCCACCGUAUCAGCGGCUCUCUCCCUUUCAGCAUCCACAUCCGGCGUGACUCUCUCACCACACGCACAAGUAAUGGACUUUGCCUCACUAUCAAUCUUCAACUACACUGUCAUCUCAACCGAAGACGAAGACGAGGAUGAAUACGACCCUUCCACACUCGGAAUGGGCGGCUCAUUCCUACCCACGGGUACAGACGAUUCCACGACUCAACAUCAAGAACCAGAUCGCGCCGCACCGCUACCGGGUAUUAUCGGUCUCUCGAAUGAUGUACAUAAUCACACUGUCUCCAAUGCCUCGAGUAACGUCCCGCUCAAGAAGGUCCUGCCACCUGCACCCUCGGCUCUGGCGAAUACCUUGAUUGCAGUUACCCACGCUUCGACCACCGCUUCACCUGCCCAGGUCCGCGAUGCGAGUAUCAUGGGUUUCCUCUACGUUGCGGAUGUUGAUGCCGAGAAGGGGAAGAUCAGAGUUCUUGCUCCCGUCGGCGGGAGACUCCCGCCACGAGCCAUGAUCUGGGCUAAGCGUUGGCCAACCGAGGUUGUUGGGUUGGUCGGUUGA